GGAGUUCAGAGUGGGAGGGCCCGUAUUGCCCUUGCACUGGCUGCGGCAGUUAUUAGGGAAUUGCAGGGAAAUCUAUGUGGUCUGUCUCGGAAGCAAGUUGAACCUUGUCGGACCUUUGUAGCAAAGGCUUGCAAUGAACAGAAUACGAAUUCACGUUUUGCCUUCGAGUCGCAACCGGGUGACCCAGACAAGUCGUUCUCAGGAGCCCCAGACGUGCUCCUUUACCCAGCGGCCGUGCUCUCAGCCCCGGCUUGACGGCCUGGACUUUUGCAUCAAGCACAUUUUGGAGGAUAAGACUGCCCCGUACAAGCAGUGCAGCUACGUGUCUGCCAAGAACGGCAAGCGCUGCCCCAAUGCCGCACCGAAAGUUGAGAGAAAAGAUGGAGUGACCUUUUGUGCAGAGCAUGCUCGCAGGAAUGCCAUGGCCCUCAGAACUCAGAUGAGAAAGGCGUCUUCCGGUCCGUCGCCAGAGUCACUUUUGUCCCAGCUGAGUGGAUACAACCGAGCAGAGACUCACAGUGUUGACGGAGGUCGCUCUGAAGCUAGCCGUGUUUUAGAUGAGGACAGUCUGAGUGAGGAGGAGCAGGGUCCGUUGGUUCUUGACCAGACAUGGAGAGGAGACCCUGACAGUGAAGCAGACAGCGUUGACAGUGAUCACGAGGAUCCUCUGAAACAUGCAGGGGUUUACACAGCAGAGGAAGUGGCUCUCAUCACGCGAGAGAAACUCAUCAGGCUCCAGUCCCUUUACAUCGACCAGUUCAAACGCUUGCAGCACCUGCUUAAAGAGAAAAAGCGGAGAUACCUCCACAACCGCAAAGUGGAGCACGACACUCUUGGGAGCAGUCUGCUGACAGGGCCCGAAGGUCUGUCCAUGAAGGAGAGAGAGAACCUGAAGAAGCUCAAAGCGCUACGCCGAUACCGUCGUCGGUACGGAGUUGAAGCCCUGCUGCACCGGCAGCUUAGGGAGAGGAGGCAGGCGGUGACAGAAGGAGCAUCUCAGCCACACUCAAGAACCGUGCACGAGAAGUGCAUCUCCUUCGGGGAGGGAACCCGAUGUACCAACCCCUGCCUGCCCAUGACCCGUCACUGCGUCGCACACAUCUUCCAGGACAGCAAUCAGGUGCUUUUCAAAAUGUGCCCGGGCGUGAAAGAUGUCCCCUGUGUCAGCCCCGUGCACAUGGGUCAGUCGGACGAUCCCCGCUGUCCCCUCCACCUCACCCUGCCUCCACCCAUGUACCAGCCUGAGCAGGAACCCCCACCGCAGGAGCAGAUCACCACUGCAACCAGAGACAUGUAUCUGAGCGCGGCAGAGCUUCAGCCCACAGAGAGCCUUCCGCUAGAGUUCAGUGAUGACCUGGAUGUGGAAGGCGACGGUAUGCAGGGUCCUCCGUCCCCCCUACAGUUUGACACGGCCCUGGCCCUGGAGGACCAGACCAUCAGAGCCAUCGCCGAGGGCCCGAUGGACAUCCUGACCGGAGAAGACCCGGACCAGGGGGACCUGGACGCCUCGGGACAGGAGCUCUCGGAAAGGGACGUGGAUGCCAUCUUGCAUGACCAGGUUAACUCUCAACCAGGGGCGUCUUGAAUCGUUCUGUUGACAGACUGCACCGGUACGCUGGUCCUUGUAUAUAAUGUAUAGGUCUAAUAAAAUGUUGGUCACAACCUUUUGUCAGCACGGCAUCUCUUUUAAGGGGCGUCACAUUGCGCGAUGGAUGUUCUUUCCAAACCUGCUUUCAGUGUAAAUGAUGGGUAACAAAUCAUCCGUCAUGGUUCUCUUAUCUGAAGUUAACACGAGAUCCAAGAAAUCAGGUCUGUAUCCUUCACGUCAUUGUGUUUGUCGACCGUGUGGUCUUUGUGUUAAUGCCCCUCCAUUGGUGUUCAGUAAGGCAACAGUGAAUGGGGACUUGAUACUAGAAACGUAUGUUUGAAAUGUACUAAAUAGAAUGAACACUGUAUUCAGUUCCUCGUACUGUCUGCCGGGAGGCUGAAGAGAUCUCUUCAUCAGCCAAUACAAACUAGCAGAGAAAGUCCAAUAUUCUUUUUAUUCCUAUAGUCCUCGUGAACAUCUGAAUACUGAACAGAGCGUACGUGGUCCUCUGCUCAGCACGUUGAUUUGUAGCAGCAGCCAUGGCUUUGCAUCUACUGUUAUUCCGUGAGAAAAUGGCAUGGAAGAAGCUCUAGACGUCAGCUGGACACGGCUCGGUGAGAUGUGGAACCACUGUUUUAAAUGGAUGACCAAACCAUCUCAACCCAAGUCAGUGACAGAAACUUUAUUUCUGUGGUUGCGUCUCUGCAUUCGUCUAAAUCAUCUCAGACAGACACACACACACACACACGAAGGAAUUCCAACCAUGACAUCAACAUAACCAAGAACAGCAUUCUCUGCUUCAAAAAUGGCACAUUGUUUCAGUGGCAAAGAGGUAAACGUACCGCUGUCCUCCCGACUUCCUGCUCUGCUGCUGUCGCUGGAUGAGUCACUGCCAUCUGAGAAACAAUAGGUUACACUUUUACAAAUACCUUUCUAAAAAGGCCAUUUCCAACAGUUUACUGGACAAUGCAUGAAUUGAUUACACUUAUGCUCAGCGGAUGGAUUUUCUUUUUCUGUGUCCGAUUACCUUGAGUUGCACUCGGCCUGCGCGUCUGUUUUAAAUAAAAAGGAUGACGUCCACAAAUA